AUGGCCAAUUCAGGUCUGACGCCGGCUGGGAGCAGCACAUAUUCCUCCAACACUCUUCAUGUCGGGGAUGGGACUUGGGAUACGCAGCGCGAUACUUUCUUGCUACCCAAUUUAAUGGGUCUCAAUUUUGAGACAAUGCGAUACAAUGGUCAGUUCGCAAUCCCCCCCGGCCUCACGAGCUUCAAUAUGUGCCUGUGCUUACAUGAACUUCCUUCAGGUAUGGGAAAUCGGUUCAAGGACAUGGCUGGAUAUCAUUCUUUGAUUAUUGCGCACGGUGUGAUUGCGGCCAUCGUUUUCCUAGGUCUCGUGCCGAUCUCGAUUUUAACAAUCCGAUAUUACUCCCGAUGGAAUCCGUUCUGGGCAUUCAAGCUCCACGCAUGGUUCCAAACUCUCACACUCCUCUUAUCAACCGUGGUAUUUGUUCUAGGCUGGUUUGCUGUAGGGCCACAGCGCAGUCUCACCAACCCCCACCAUGGAAUCGGUCUCGCUAUCUAUGUCAUCGUGGUCUUUCAGGCUUUCCUGGGAUGGUUCUUACAUCGAAAAGAGAGCAAAAGAGUACGCCAUCAUGUUCCUCUGAAGCUUGUGUUCCAUCGCUGGUUGGGAAGAACAUUGGCCAUUCUAGGCAUUGUUCAGAUCCCCCUUGGUCUGACACUCUACGGUUCUCCCAAGGUUCUCUUCAUUCUUUACUCAGUGGUGGUCUUUGCACUUCUAGUGGCGUACUUUGUUUUGUCAUACCUCUACGACGAUGAGGGUUUCCACUUGGCCAGUGAACACGGGAGCAAAUACAGCGGCCCUUCCGUUAUUGAAGAACAUCACCACACAGAAGGUGGUGGUGGUGGCAGUGGCGGCGGCCUGGGAGACGCUCUGGCAGGCGGUGCUUUGGGGGCCGGACUAGCCUCGAUCUUCAACAGACAGGGCCGCGGUCGCGGUCGCCGCACAAGCGAGGCAUAUGAAGAUUCUCGAACUUCCCUGUCUGACGAAAAGUACUCCGAUGAGUCCUCUCGUAGCAGUCGAGGAGGAUGGGGUAAAAAGAUCCUCGAAAUUGGGGCGUUGGCUGGGGCGGGGAUGCUUGCAAAGAAAUGGUGGAACCGCCGGCGACAGCGGGAAGACGACAGCGAAGUCGGUCGCUAUAGACCUGCACAUUCCCGUAGCCACAGCUACACCGAGGAAUCUCUCAGCAGGCUGGAAGAUGGCCGACCAGAGCCUGCCCAUCCCCCAAUCACUGCCCGUCCUCCCAGUCGCGCGCCCAGCAGAACUCAAAGCCCUGGCUCGUCAUACUACUACGAAAGCACGUACUUGUCUGAACAUCCAGAUCGUCGUCCAUCACAUGGAGUGAGGGAUGCCUUGCUCGGUGGAGGCGCUAUUGCCGCUGUCAAGCGGCUUUUUAGCCGAAAUAAGGACAAGGACGAUGAGGAAAAGCGUCGGCUGGAGGAGAUUCGUCGAAGAGACGAAGAAGAUGAGGCUCUUCAACGCGCGAAUAGCAAACGUCGAAGACAGGAGGCAGCCUCUGGACCAUAUCCCCAAAGACGAAGACCAAGCUCCUAUACAGAUAGUGAGCUGACACCAACUGAGCUGACACCUCGCCCUCGCCCUCCCACACAACGAAUCACAUCUGGCAGCUCGCUGCUCACGGCAGAGCCCAUGGCAAGUGGUGCCGUUGGCGCUUCGUCAGAUAUGCCGCCCUUGCCUCCAAUUCACCAAGAACUUUCUGGCGAUUUGCCAUCACCCUUGCGUCCACAGUCUCAGUAUUCUCACCGUACCGAAGAUAUCGCGGCAGGUGUUGCAGCGGGCUCUGCACUUGGUGCUGCCUCUCGUCGUCGCAAUAGUGGCAGUCGUCGCCGAGGUGACAGCCGUCAGCGAUCGGAUCACGUUGAAUCACCUCCCGUGUCCGUCAAAGUGAAAAUGCAUAACGACGGCCGACACGUCACCCUCCGUCGGCUCACUGAGGAGGAAGCCGCAGCUCAGCGUGAAGCGCGUCGUCGCGAACGCAGGAAUUCGCGCCGCCGCGGCAGCAGCGCCGGUUCAUUCUCUGGUGACGAGGGUCGAGACUAUGACCGCUGGAGACGUGUCGAAGAACUUGAGCGCCAACAGGCCGAGCAAAUCCGACGGGAACAAGAAGCUGCCGCUGCGAGUGCAGCACCCGGUGGACUUGCCACUAGUGUGCCUCCUUCCUCUUUCCAUCCCUCUCAGUCACAAAUUAGCCAUCUUCCUCCGCCCCCUCCGAUCCCACCACCAGCCCCAUCCAGCAUGCCUUACGGUCCAGGGAGUGUGACUUCACCUGGAACGUGGACGGGCACAGAAGCUAGCGGGUCCUACGCCAACAAUCGGCGGCGUCGGCGGGCGGAGCGAGCCCGGGCCAGGCAGGAGAGACAGCAGCACGGUGUAGAGUUUGAGUGA